GCGCGCCCCACAUUCCAAUCCAGAACGAGCCAAGAUGGCGGCGUGCGUUGGGCUGCGCUGCGUGCUACAAAGUUUCCCUUCAGCCUUGCCCUUGGUCUCCAGAACUAUAGUAGCACCUUCAUCCAGGCUGUUGUCCAAGACCCAUCUUCAUCCCCGAACACUGAGCACAGCCUCUCGCCUGGCUGCAGGUCUGAAGUUCACAGACAAACAUGAGUGGGUGCGAGUCGAGGAUAGAACUGGGAUAGUUGGCAUCAGCAAUUUUGCUCAGGAGGCACUAGGAGAUGUAGUGUACUGUGGGCUUCCAGAACCUGGGACCAAACUUAAUCAAAUGGAUGAGUUUGGGGCCCUAGAAAGCGUGAAGGCUGCAAGUGAAUUGUACUCUCCCCUUACGGGGGAAGUGACUGAAAUCAACCAGGACCUGGCAGACAACCCGGGCCUUGUCAACAAAUCCUGCUAUAAGGACGGCUGGCUGAUCAAGAUGACUAUUGACAAGCCGUCGGAGUUAGAUGCCCUAAUGGAUGAGGCAGCCUAUGAGAGAUAUAUAAAAUCAAUUGAAAACUAGGAGCACCGGUGGAGUCUGUUGUAUUUCUAACAGUAACGAUGCUUGUAAGUCUUGCACUAAUCCUCACCCUAUUUUAACCUCUUAUCACAUCAGCGAUGGGAACUUUCCUUUGUGGAAAACUCCAAAAUAAAUUCUGGGGUUUUUGUAGCUGGGUUGCCACGUAUGUUAUUUUUUUUGUGGAUUAGUUUCAGAGAACAAAAAGUGUAAAACCUUAGAGGUUUAACAAGCGUCAAAAAUAGUUUGUAGGAAGUUAUGUGGGAUGGAAACUGGAAGUCCCCAAAUUUUCCUUGGGUCUUUCCCAUAGAGAAGAAGCCUGAGACAUUUCCAAAAUGUUCAGAGGUUCUACUGGAGCUGGAGAAAGCCGUAUUCUGGCAUGUUAGACUGUAAUGGCUGGGAUAAUAAAGAAGUGUCUUUAUUUCAAA